CUGGUGGUGAUCAGUGGGGCCCUCCUAGUGACUCGUUUGGCCAUGCCUGGGGCCAGCCGGCAGCAGGACCCCUGCCCACUGCCCGAGGACAGCAGGAUCCAAACCAUCUACUCCCAGGUGCAGCGCCCAGAGAAGCAUGAAGGACCCCCCCCCACCAAGCACCCCCCCUGCACCAUCUACGCCGCAGCCACAGGCCAGCCCCUGGGCACAGCUCCCCCCCGAGCCCCUGCCCACCCACCAGAGCCACCAGCAGCACCACAGAGCCCCAGGCAGGAGCCCACCACGGUUUAUGCCAGCGUGACGAUGCCCACGGCUUGAGCACUGCGGGCAGAGGG